AUGACGACUGAGAAGAAAGAGAUGGAAGUGGUGAAAGGUCUAGACUUGGAGAGAUACAUGGGCCGUUGGUACGAGAUUGCUUCUUUCCCUUCCAGGUUCCAACCCAAGAACGGUGCAGACACUCGCGCCACCUACACGCUUAAUCCUGACGGCACGGUAAAAGUCUUGAACGAGACGUGGAACGGAGGCAAGAGAGGUUUCAUCCAAGGCUCAGCUUUCAAAACCGAUCCUAAGAGCGAUGAGGCUAAGUUCAAAGUCAGAUUCUACGUUCCUCCUUUCCUCCCUAUCAUUCCUGUUACCGGUGAUUACUGGGUGCUGUAUAUUGAUCCUGAGUACCAGCAUGCUGUCAUUGGCCAGCCUUCAAGGAGUUAUCUCUGGAUACUGAGCAGGACGGCGCAUGUGGAGGAAGAGACAUACAAGCAGUUGGUGGAGAAGGCGGUGGAGCAAGGGUAUGACGUCAGCAAGCUUCAGAAGACUCCUCAGAGUGACACGCCACCUGAGUCCAACGCUGCUCCUGACGACACUAAAGGCGUUUGGUGGAUCAAAUCUAUCUUCGGCAAAUAGUUACAGAAACAGAAGAAGACUUGUUUCACUUCUCUUUUACUUCCUUUGUCUGUGUAAUAUACUACCGCUUCUGUUUACUCUAGUAAUCAUCAUCGUUCUGCUUUUGUUUAUCUUCCCAAUCUAAAUCUAUUUGCGUGAGUAACCGAGUCACAGAAAAGAAUUUGUAAUAGAUGUUUACCAAAAGAGAACUUAAACUAAAAGCAAUCACAUAUAAUAUGGCAAUGUAAUUCGAUGACACAUCACACGACUCGAGUUUGGACGACUCGAGCUGCA